CCGAUCUCUGCUCUCAGCACAAUGGGUCUAUCUCUCGGGGAGCGCGUGCAGCACUGUCUGCUGGUCCUCGUGCCCGGCCUGUUUCUGGCUCUCUUCAGGUUGCUCUCACCCGGCACAAAGCGUCCAAAACAUCUUCCUCCAAUCACAAACCCGCUGCUUGUUCUCUCUGCAGUGCAGCUGGCUGAGAAGAUACGCAGAAGAGAGGUUACCAGUGUGGAGGUUGUGCAGGCGUAUAUUGACAGGAUUCAGGAAGUGAACCCACUGCUCAAUGCUUUGGUCAAAGACAGGUUUUCUGCCGCUCUUCUGGAGGCAGCUCGUGCAGACAAACUAAUAAAGGAGGAAAAUGGAGGAGAGGAAGUUCUGAGGAACCAAUUUCCUCUGCUUGGUGUUCCAAUGUCUGUCAAAGAGUCAUUCGAACUACAGGGCAUGCCUAAUUCUGGUGGAUUGAAAUCCCGGGGUAAAGUGCUUGCCAGUGUGGAUGCUCCUCCUGUGGCUCUGUUGAAGAGAGCUGGAGCGAUUCCUCUUGGUGUCACCAACACCAGCGAGCUCUGCAUGUGGAUGGAGUCCAACAACCACCUCUACGGGAUCACCAGUAACCCCUACGACCUUGAGAGGAUGUGUGGAGGAAGCUCAGGUGGAGAGGGAAGCAUCAUCGGUGGUGGUGCGUCUGUGUUUGGCAUCGGCUCUGAUAUUGGAGGAAGUAUCCGCAUGCCGUGCUUUUUCAAUGGGAUUUUUGGACACAAACCCUCAAAAGAUGUAGUGUCAAAUGACAAUCAGUUUCCCAGAUGUUCUGGUCUCCAGAAUAAUUACACUGGUUCUGGGCCAAUGUGUCGCUAUGCUGAAGACCUGCUCCCCCUUCUGAAGAUCAUGGCUGGACCCAGUGCAGACAAACUUACCCUCUCAAAAGCGGUGGAUCUGAAAAAGUUGCGUUUCUUCACAAUAGUAGAUGAUGGUGGAUCUCCACUGACAUCUCCUGUAGACAGACAACUUAUCGAAGUUCAAAAGAGGGUUGCUGCACGUUUAGAGGCAGAUCUGGGGGUCACGGUUCAGGAAGUUAGUUUUCCUCAGCUCAAAUACUCUUUUCAGAUCUGGGACACGUUCUUAGCACUUCCAGACAAAGAUGGCAAGCCACCAGAAGCUUUUGUUGAGCUGAUGGCAGACGGAGUCUCUGUGUGGCCUGUUUGGGAGCUGAUAAAGAGGAUAUUUGGAAGAUCUGAACACACAGUGGCUGCUAUUGGUUUGGCUCUGAUGGAGCGUUCCCACAGCUCCAAGCCAUCCGAGUUCAUCCUGAAACAGAAGGAGGAUUUGCAGAGGGAGAUGGAGGAUCUGCUAGGGACAGAUGGUGUGCUGCUGUACCCCUCUCACCCUCUUCUCGCACCCAAACACCAUCAUCCACUUUUUAUGCCAUUCAACUUCAGCUACACAGGAAUCCUAAACAUCCUGGGCCUGCCAGUGACCCAGUGCCCCCUGGGGUUGAGUAAGGAGCGACUGCCCUUGGGUGUGCAGGUGGUGGCUGGGAUGUUUCAAGACCAUCUGACCUUGGCUAUGGCGCUCUACCUGGAGAAGGCUUUUGGUGGCUGGGUAGAUCCUGGAGUGGUUUGAUCACUGAAGGAAAUGCAAGUUAAAAAUACAACCUCAACACACUGUUUCACCCACAUGAAGUAAAGCGAUUGUUUAGUGAAAAAUCUGAA